AUGUCGGUGGCCUCCAGAAACCCUUUCGCCCUCCUCGACGACGAGCCCUCGGCGCCGGCUGCCCCCGCGCCGGCCAAGAAGGACUCGGCACCCGCGCCCGCUGCUCCGGCCAAGAAGAGCAACGCCCCCCGCGGCGGCAAGUACCCCAGCCGCGGCGGUGGCAGGCCCCGGGACUCUGCUCCCGCCGACGAGCCCGCCGAGGAUGGCGCCAGGCGCAAGUUCGACGGCGAAGGUCGCGGACGCGGCCGUGGCGGACGUGGACGCGGUGAGCGCGGUGGACGCGGCCGCGGUGGACCCCGUGGCGAGCGUCUGGACCGCCACAGCGCGACUGGCAAGACCGACACGGAGAAGAAGGUCAGCCAGGGCUGGGGCGCCGACGAAGGUGCCGCCGAGCUCAACGCCGAGGUCAGCGGUGCCGCAGAUGCCGCCGACGACGCCUGGGGCGCGCCCGCCGCUGCUGCCGAGGGUGAGGCCGACCCGUGGGCGACCCCCGCUGCGGCUGCCGAGGGCGCCGCUGCACCCGCCGAGGCCGGUGAGGCCAAGGCCGACGAUCGCCGUCGCCGCGAGCGCACGCCCGAGGAGGAGGACAACACGGUCUCGUACGAGGAGUACCUCGCCCAGAAGGCCGCCGCCGCCGAAGCCGAGCAGCAUGCGCUCCGUCCCGCCAACGACGGCGCCGACGACUGGACCAGCAGCGUCCAGGAGCUCAAGAAGUCGGACGAGGACGCGUUCUUCGUCGGCAAGCAGAAGGCCGCCCCCAAGGCCAAGGCCAAGAAGGACGACAAGGUCUUCCUCGAGAUCGACGCCCGCUUCGAGCGCCCCCAGCGCGGCGGCUUUGGUGGCCGCGGCCGUGGCGAGGGCCGUGGGCGUGGGCGCGGCGAGGGUCGCGGUGGUCGCGGUCGCGGUGAGGGCCGUGGACGCGGCUCGGCACCGCGCCAGGCGGCCCCGACGUUCGACGACCAGACGGCCUUCCCGUCGCUCUCGUGA